AUGGAGCAAAUGAUGGAGUUAAAGUUGUCUGGAUGUGAAGUGAAGGCUCAACCUCACAUAGAAUCAAGAGUGAAACUUUUGAAGAAGCAAUAUGAUGCAAUUGCAGAAAUGCUGGGACCAAAUUUUAGUGGUUUUGGUUGGAACGAAAGACAGAAAUGUUUUCAUUGUUCGAAAGAUGUCUUUGAUGAUUGGGUUAAGAGUCACCCAAGUGCAAAAGGGUUGCGUAACAAGUCAUUCCCAUACUUAGAUGAAAUGGCAAUGAUAUUUGGCAAAGAUCGAGCUAAUGGCCUAAGAGCUGAAGGACCAGACGAUAUGGCCGAGAAAAUAGAUAUGGAAACAAACAAUGGGAUGUGGGAUGACUUUAGUGACUGUUAUGUGUCACACCCACCUGAAGAGGUAAAUAGGCCUCAAACAGGAGUUGAUGAGGUAGAUUCUAUGACCAUGGAUGAACUUGGUUCGUGUAUUCCAACCUAG